CCUAUUUGGACUAGUCUAUCCUGUUAUGUAACUACUAAUAAAACCAAGGCACCAAAGUGUAAUAUCACAGAUCUUCUACCUCUCCAGUGAAGUAAGUAUAAACAUGGUGUUGAGACAAUUCAUACAGAAACAUGUAAAAUGGAUCCUUCCCAUUUUCCUAUUUAUUUUCCUUUUGUUCUUUGCCUGGAGAAGAUCAGUCAUAAUGCCAGUUUUUUUACACUGCCAGGAGACAGAAAUCAUCAAGAAUAAAAGUCUGGACGUAAGAAAACCUACAGACAAAAAGGAGGCAGAAUUAGUUAUUCUAGUUUGGGUUUAUCCAUUUGGAGAUAAGUUUCCCCUCGAUAUAUGUGAAACAGCUUAUGGCAUAACUGGCUGCAAGCUAACAGCAGAUAGGCAGCUCUAUAACGUUGCUGAUGGCGUCGUCAUACAUCAUUAUGAUAUUAUGUAUAACAAAAACUCAUUGCCUCAAACACCAAGGCCUCAUUACCAGCGAUGGGUGUGGUUUAAUCUUGAACCUCCAUUAAUUAUACAGAACUUGCAUUUCCUGGAUAAUCUAUUCAACUUGACUAUGACAUUCCGGCAAGAUUCUGAUGUCUACAUACCAUACGGCCGUAUUGAAGCAGUGAAGGAACCACAGAAUAUUACUAUUCCACCCAAGUCUAAGUUGGUGGCCUGGGUAGUCAGUAAGUGGUAUCCAGGUACCCCACGCAUUAAGUAUUAUGAAGAACUUAAAAAGUACAUUUCAGUUGAUAUCUAUGGGAAGGAACACCUGAAGCUGAGCAGAACAGAUUUCUAUAAUACUAUAUCCCGUUACAAGUUUUACCUGGCUUUUGAGAACUCCAUAUAUAAGGACUAUAUCACAGAGAAAAUAUGGUCGAAUGCAUUCGGAACCUGGAGUGUGCCGGUUGUUUUAGGGACCUCUCGUAAGAACUAUGAAAGAUUCAUUCCUGGGGAUGCUUUUAUUCAUGUGGACGAUUUCCCAAGUGCUAAGGAACUUGCUGAUUUUCUCCUGGAGCUGGACAAGGAUGAUGAAAGAUACAGGAAGUAUUUUAAUUGGAGACAUCGCCAUAAAGUAACAUUAAACGGUGGAUGGGCCAGUUCAUACUGCAAAGCCUGCAGAGUACUAAAACAGCAAACUGAAUAUCAAGUCAUUCCCAGUGUGGAAAAGUGGUUUCUGGGAAAUUCCUCUUUCUAGGUAUUCUAUGGAUAAUCUUACAGCACUAUUAUGUGACUUCUUUUCACAGAAAUACCUCUCCCUGUAACCUUCUCAGUGCUUUGGCCUGAAUUUAAGAACAACCUUGCACUUUUGAUAAUGAUGAGUAGCCCCAGAACAGUGACAAAUGUCAUCUGAAAGUGAGCCCUUUGUUUCAAAAAGUAAAGUUCUUGCUCAGCCUAAAAUCUCAUCCCUACUUGACCACCAGGCUGACUUCCCCAGCUUCUACUCCUAGUGCUUGGUGAAUAAAACAAAACCAUUUCAGAAGGUGCUAUUCUGCUAGUAAAAGAACCACUGUUCUGAUUGUAAUAAAAUGACAUUCAGCAAAAUGUAACAUAAGCAAAUAAAUACAUGGACUUAAUAUUUUUUUCUCUGCAUGGGGAUGGUUGGAUCAAACAAUAACCAGAGGUGUAUUUACUAUAUAGGCACUCGAGGACCUUUGCCUAGUGCAGCAGUUUUAAGGGGGUUGCCCUCGGAUGCCUACAUGUUAAAAAAACAAUUCUGAAAUAUAAAAUCCAUUUGCCCAUCUGUUGAAUGCUUUCCUAUGAAAUUUGGCAGCAGAGGUUGGGGUCCCUGGAGCAGUUCACUAUGGAAGUGAUGUCAUACAAGUUGCAUCAUUACGUCACAUCCGAUUACAUCUCACACGUGUGCAGAAAUGGCACGUACAGGUCUGGUGCAUACGGCAGCUUCAGACCUAAUUAAGCUAUUGACUAUAACAAAGAAAACUACAACAAGUCAGCUAGACCAGUAAUAAACACAUAUUCUUGCGUAAGAUUUUUGGUAUAGACAACCUUUUAUACACUAAGCAGGAAUGAGUUAUUUAUAUUUAUACAUGCCCAUUCUGGAACCAUUCUGGAAAUACUCUAAUCCUAGAGAAUACAAUUUGUCAAUAACAAAUACACCCAAGGACACUCCCAGUGUUAAACAAUCAUUUGAUUUUGCAGUUAAAUUAAUUGCUGAUUAAGGAUAAGGACAGGUUUGCUGGGUGGAGCAGUGAUAAUAAUUAGGUGGAGCUGGGAGUAUGCUGAGUCUGACUGAGAAUCCAGCAAUCAGAGAGCAAAUUGUAAAGAGCUAGUCUAGAACAAUGCAGGCUGCAAUAUUUUAAGGCACUUUGCUAUUAGUGUUAUUUUUGUUUUGUUUUUUUUGGUCUGGAGUCCUCUGGCUUGGAACUGAACUACUUUCUGGUUGCUUGCAAAAUGAAUUAUUUACCUUCCAAACACUUUUUUCUGUUCCGUUGUUUACAGUUGAUCUCCAGAAAUAAAGACUUUUUAUUGAUUA